UGAAUACCUAUUUUUCUAUUUCAUUAUUUUCAAAAAUUUAGUAUCCAUUCAAUUUCUGCAUUGUACUAAGCAAUCAUUUUGUUCGCACACAGAAAUCAAUAUUUUUGAGAAUCAAUACAAGAGAAAUCUCUGAGGUGUUGAGGUCGUUCAAUAAUAUCGAAUCAAACCAGAGAAUUUGCUGAUAAACUUCUACAAAUAAAAAGGAAAAGUAGAUCAUUCAAUUUUCAAUGACAGGGUUGUCACUAUAUAUAAUUUAGGCUUCUUCAUCACAAAAUGUGUUCAAGUUGAUGAGGUAUGAUUUCUUCCUCACGAACUAUCUUCAAAGUAAUCAGAACAUAUAAAAAGAUAACUUCCUUUUUUGAUACUCAGCACUGUGGUAAAACUAAUAAAUAAUGUCGAAUGUUGAUCAGUCCGAAAGAACAAAUGAAAAUAGUUUGACUUCUAUAUGUUCAGUGGAAUCGAGAAAUUCUCAAAACUCGGAAGUGUACCCAAAUUUUCUAGAAAAUGAAUUGAAUCAAAAAAUUGGCUUAGACCAGAAUGAGGAUGUUGAGAAGUAUAAGCAACUACUGUAUGAUUAUUAUUUGAAAGCUGAAGAUUUGGAGAGUAAAUGCUCAAUGUUGCAUAGAAAUCUACAGGAAGUGAAAGAUGCUUGGGAGAAAACAAAAGUUUUAAAAGAUACAGCGUUGAAAGAAAAAGAAAAUAUGACUCUAAAAUUUGCAAAGGGAGAAAGAAAAAUGUUGAAUGAAAAAGAAUUGAAGGAAAAGGCAGAGAAGAAGUGUAAGAUAUUGGCCAAUGAAAUUGACACCUUACAAAAAAAAUUAUUGAUGAAGUCAGAUGAGAAAACUAGAAUUUCUUUUAUGUAUGAUAACAAAAUACAUGAACUUAAAGAUAUGAAAUCUGAGAAUAAUCGAAUUGUAAAUGAAAAUUGUAUCUUGAAGAAUGAGUUGAAGUUAUGUCAGAUUGCUUUGAAAAACCAAGCUGACCUGUAUGGGAAAGCCCAGUCUACAAUCAAAAAUUUGAAUGAAAAAAUUCAGACUUUAACUGAAGAGAAGGAAAGGGUAUCAUCUGAAAAUAUCAAUGAAAAUCCUGCAGAGUUGCAAUUGAAAUUAAAAGCGAUCGAAAUUGAUAGAAAUGAGACUAAACAACAACUACAAGAACUCAAUGAAUCUUUUGAUGAGUUAACUUCAAAAUAUCAUGAUUUACUAAAGGAAAAUAGUAAUUUUUCUAAUAGAAUACAAACUUUAGAGUCCAAUAUAUUAGAAUACCAACAUCUAUUGAAACAUGAAGUUUUUUCUGGAGACGAUUUCAAUGAUAAAGAAACCAUAAAUGUAGAAGAAAACACAUUGAUUGAAUUGGAACGAAAACUUGAUUUAUUAGAAAUGAAAAAUAAAGAACUAGAAGAUGAUAUUUACUCAUGUAGGGUUCGGGAAACUGACACAUUAUUAUUCAGCCAGCAGCUUUCAGACAAAAAUGCAAAAUUGCAGUCAGAAAACUACAAUCUCAAUAAUAUGAUACAAGUUCUUAAAAGUGAGAAAUAUGAGUUAAAUAAACUGUACACAGAGUUUAAGGAAAAUUUUAUAGCUUUGUCGAAGCAGCUUGCUUGUGAAAGAAAGACAAAUCAACAUGAAAAAAUGAAAAUUUCAUGUGAAUUGGAGACUUUGCAAAAGAAUUUAACCGAGCAAAACAGACAAAAUCUUAAGUUGAAACAGCAAUUAUUGGAUCUUCAAGGGGAAAUCUGUAUUAUCAAAAAAAAACACAAUAGUUCACUGAGGGAAUUUCGAAAAGAAAUAAAGUUGUGUAAAAACAAUCAUGAUAUUUCUUCAAAUAGCAGUUGUCCCUCAUCUCUGUCUCUGGUUAGCUCUACAUCGAAGGGAACAGAACACUCCUUUGACCAGGUUGAAGUUAUUCAACCUGAGAAUGUACUGAAUCAAAAUGUUCUCAUAAAGCGUAUUCUUAGGUUACAAAAAAUCAGUGUGCGGAAAUCAGAGAAGAUAGAUUUCCUGCAAGAUAAGACAGAAGCAUUGUUGUUCGAGCUGCAUAAGAAAAGAAGAUUGCUACAAUUUUAUUUCUUGCAACAACAAACGGAAACUUUGACUUCCAAUAAGAUGGACCAAAUUAAAUUAAAUAUUUGCAAAUUUGGAGGAGUUAUGGCGUCCCUUUAUGAUGCAAGAGUAGCCGAUAAUAAUCUCACAUUGGGAUUGUCCCUGGAGAUAAACCACAAAUUACAAGCCCUUCUUGAAGAUGUUUUGUUGAAAAAUAUGAUUCUGAAGGAUAAUGUCAGAAUAUUAGGAGAAGAAAUUGAAAAAUUGAAGAGACAAUUGAGAAAAAUAUGAUUAUUUAAGGAUGAGCUGAGUUUUUUGUUAUGAGUAUAUGACAACUGGGAGGGAUAUGGUUUUAAGUUGCGAUAUAAAAGCGUAAAUGACCCAAACAAUGUUGAAAAUAUCUAUCGACAAGAAAACUGUAAAGUGAUGUUCUUUUAGGGGAAUAUAUGAAUCUAAUUGGCUUUCUAUAUUGUAUUCUUUCAGUAAAAAAAAAUGUUUUUUUCUUGGUAAUCUUUAUAUUAUAUAAAAACGAAUGGCUUAGUCACCCCAUAAUUUGAGAACGACUUAACCAAUUUAUUCCGUCAAACACAAAUAACAAUCAAAAUGAACUUUUGUAUGUAGGUUUGGGUGAGGUCCUGGAUGGUUUAGAUUCACAGUCAAGUUCGGUUGGGGGCGUUGCAGUCGAGUUAUGGGACUGUGUUUCCAACAAAAUUUGAAGUCAUUGGACUAUAAAUCUUAAAAUCAAGGAGUAAUAGCAAAAACUUCAACUCAUUAAUGAAAAAAAAAAGAAGUUUCAGCUUCUAUCAGCUCCAUAGGGGCUGGCGCUUGUUCACAAGGAGUUAUAAUGAAAACAUCAACUUGAGUUUAUGAAAUCAGUUUAGAAUCAGUGGAUAGAAAUAAUUAGCUAUUUUGAAUGUGGACUGGAAGAUAUCCCAAAUGUACCAGUCUGUGAUUAAUAACCUUUUUUUUUUCAAUACAUCGUUUUCGCAUUGGGAUAGCAGAGUAACUGCU